AAUCAUGCGCUUAGAGGGUUGCAAUAUGAGCGGUAUAUGAAAUAUUGACAAACGCCCAUUAGCUAUUCCCGACUAUAAAGGGGAAUUGUUGGCUAGUACGGCUAACAAUUCUUCCCAAUUAAGAAUCACUAACAAUGGAAUAUUCUAAGGAAGAUAAUCUAUCAGAGAUCCAAUCGGUUUCCAAUCACGAUAUUGAGGUCCUGUCAAAGUCUAACAAUACAUGGAUCCUGUGGGUCCAUAAGCUUGAUGCACUUGGUGUAGAAUCAAGAGGAAUUGAAAGAGCAACUCCAGAAGAAAGAAGGGAGCUUGCGCUACUGCUGAAACAAUCCAAAUUUGUUCAAUUUUUACAUGUUAUGGGAUUAUGGUUUGCAGCAUGUGGAGGGCUUACUACUAUGUCUUCAUUCUUCUUACCAACAUUGAUGUUUGGAUUAAAUGUGAAAAAUGCAAUGGUUAGUGGUAUCAUAUCCAUGGUCAUUGGAUGUUUAGUUCCAGCUUAUACUUCUACCAUGGGUGCUAAGUCUGGGUUAAGACAAAUGGUUAGUGCUAGGUUUCUUUUUGGAUGGUGGGGUGUUCGUUUUGUUGCACUUGUUUGUAUUAUCGGUGGAGUUGGAUGGUCUGUGGUUAAUUGCGUGUUAGGCGGUCAAGUCCUUGCAGCAAUUUCAGGCACUCUGUUGGUGACUGGAAUUGUCGUGAUUUCUAUUGUUAGUUUGGUUGUGGCAGUCUUUGGUAUUAGAAUUCUUCUCAAGUUUCAAACAAUUCUUGCAAUUCCAAUUACUAUUUCUGCCAUCUUGUUUUAUGUUGUGUUGUGUAAGAAAACUCAAUAUCUUCUGGUGACAGAUGCAUUGAUACUUGCACAAGAGGAAACAGCAUUGACUCGUACUGGUAAUUGGUUAUCUUUUUUCACGGUUGGAUAUUCAGUAACUGCUACUUGGGGUUCGGGUGCUGCUGAUUACUAUAUUCUAUUCCCUGAGGAUACAUCUUCAUUACAGGUGUUUGCUUUAACAUUUGCUGGUAUUGCUAUACCUUCAACAUUUGUUGCCGUGGCUGGAACACUUUGUGGAGCUAUAGCAUACUCUUACGAACCAUGGAAUCAAGCAUAUGAAUCAUAUGGUAUUGGAGGGCUACUCAAUGAAUCAUUCAAACCAUGGGGAAAGUUUGGGAAAUUUGUUGUGGUAUUACUAUACAUCUCAUUGGUUUGUAACAACAUUAUGAAUACUUACUCGUGUGCUUUCGAAUUUCAAUUGAUUGAUAAAAGAUUGGCAAUUGUGCCUCGUUGGGUUUGGGCCGUAGUUGUUACAGUCAUUUACCUAGUAAUCUCACUUGCUGGAAGAUCUCAUCUUUCUACAAUUAUUGGUAAUUUCCUCCCCAUGUUAGGUUAUUGGAUUUCGAUGUAUAUUACAAUUUUACUUGAAGAAAAUAUAAUCUUCCGUUCAUCUACAAACGCCAAGAUGUUACAUCAUGUUGAGUUUGGUCACCAGGAUGUUUCUAAAGUUGAAGAAGAAGCUCCAGUUAAUUCUUGGGUUAAAGAUUUAUACAAUUGGGAACAUUGGGAUGAACCGGAAUAUGUGACUUUAGGAUUGGCUGCAGGUUUGUCCUUUGUGAUUGGUGCUGUGGGUGCUGUUGUUGGGAUGAAUCAAGUUUAUUGGCAAGGACCCAUUGCCAAAAAAAUUGGGGAUUACGGAGGAGACAUUGGGUUCUGGUUAUGUAUGGCCUUUAGUGGGGUGUCAUAUCCAGUAUUAAGAUACUUUGAGCUUAAACGGUUUGGCAAAUAAUCUCUGCCUACUCAAUACACUCAUAAUAAUCGAAGUAUCAGUAAUAAUAAGUAAUAAUUAUCAAAACAACAGUGUAAAUGAAAUAUAGGUUUGAUUAGAUUUUAUACUUUCAUUGUAGUAUUGUUUAGAACCCUUUAAGACAUUACUUCA